UCGGCGUUCUGCAGUCUCUCCUUCGCCGUCUCCCCUUCUUUCGCGGCACUAUGUUUUCUCCUGCUUCCGAGCCUUCUCGCCACCCUCUCACCGCCGUCUUCCCUAUCCCAACUUCUCUCUCACUGCAAAACUUCAUCGCGCUUGCCCUCACAGACCAUCAACAGCACCCCCCUCCUCAACCCGCAUCUUCUGCAAGGCAGUGGAAUACGUUUUUCCGGACCCGAUUCCCGAGCGGAAGCUGAGACGAGUAAGUUUAGGGCUCAUCUAAUCGAGAGGUUGUCGAAGAAGGACAUAUUUGACGAUUCGCUGGAAGAAAUUGUGUGUAUCUGUACCGAGAUAUUGAGCGACUUCCUGCACACCGAGUAUGGUGGCCCCGGGACUCUCAUGGUCGUGCCCUUCAUCGACAUGGCUGACACUAUAAAUGAAAAAGGGCUACCCGGAGGACCUCAGGCCGCACGUGCUGCAGUCUUAUGGGCCCAAGAACAUAUCGAUAAAGACUGGAAAGACUGGACUGGUGAUCCCAACCUUUGAUUAACAUUAAGCUCUUCUUUUCAUAAUUUGGAUCUUCUUCAGUGAUAUAAUCUAGGGUUUUGGCUUUUUGCUGAGCUCUGCUUUGAUUAGAUGAAGUGUGCUGCAUUGUGCAUUGCAAGAUUCUUAUCUGCAAUAUUAAGACGGCGAUUGGUAGCAUUGAUUUAACUUAAAUCUAGCCAAAAAAUUAAAAAAAAAAUCCAACUUUACGUUGAAUUCAAUUUUCUCGUAUUUCAUUUUCUUCUUUGUGUGUUCCAUCAUCUAUAUGACUAAAAUUCAGAUUUAAUAAAUCCA